AUGGCGUACACGCGGCGUCCGUCUAUCCUCCUCUUCCCCCUAGCUCUCGUCCUCCUCUCCCUGCUGGCAUCGCCGGGCACGCUGGCGGCCACCGGCCCGGGCGACGUGGCCGUCUUCUGGGGCCGGAACAAGGACGAGGGCACGCUGCGCGAGGCCUGCGACACCGGCACCUACACCACCGUCAUCAUCUCCUUCCUCCGCGGCUUCGGCGGCCACGGCGGCGGCGCCUACACGCUGGACCUCUCGGGCCACCCGCUCGCCGGCGUCGGCGACGACGUCAAGCACUGCCAGUCGAAAGGCAUCCUCGUGCUCCUCUCCAUCGGCGGACCCGCCGCGGCCGGCACGGCCGACUACUCCCUCCCGUCCGCGCAGUCGGCGGCGGACCUCGCGGCCUACCUGUGGGACGCCUACCUCGGCGGCGGCGCCCGCCCCGGACUACGCCGCCCGUUCGGCGACGCGGCGCUGGACGGCGUCGACUUCUACAUCGACCAGGGCCAGGCUGGCGGCGGCGCGGCCGGGGCCGGCGACCACUACGACGAGCUGGCCAGGCGCCUGUACGCGUACAACAGUCGCUACCGCGGCCGGCUCGGCGUCACGCUGACGGCCACGGUGCGGUGCGCGUACCCGGACCACCCGGGGGUGCAGGCGGCGCUCGCCACGGGGCUCUUCUCCCGCGUCCACGUCCGGCUGUACGGCGACCUCAGGUGCACCUGGUCCGACAGGGAGGCCUGGGAGAAGUGGGCGGCGGCGUUCCCGGCCAGCCGCGUGUUCGUCGGCGUCGUGGCGUCGCCGGAGGCCGACAAGGACGCGUACAUGUUCCAGAAGGACCUCUACUACAACGUGCUGCAGUUCGCGCAGAAGGUGCCCAACUAUGGAGGACUCAUGAUCUGGGAUAGGUACUACGACAAGAUCAACCACUACAUCAGCAGCAGCUAA